AUGUCUUUCAGAAUAGUUCCAGAUCCAUUGGAAGAUGUAGAAGAUGAUGUAGUUAAUACGGCAGUAGCAGUAGCAGUGGCAUCAAAUAGAAAUGUUCUAAUGGAAAUAGAAGCAAAUGAAGAUGAAGAGAGUGACUUGCAAAUUUCUUAUUCAACAACUGAGGAACUUAACACAAUACCAAUAUCUAAUAUACCAGAAGCAGCAAUACCAGAUGAUGUUCAAUCAUUUUUACUAAACUUAUCUGAUGCAUUAAAUGAAAAUGAUGUAGAGAAAAUACGCCAUUUAUAUGAGAUUUCAUUUCAUUCACUGACUUAUCGUUAUUAUAUGAAAUCUCAUUGGCCCUCAAUAUCUUCAGUAGAAUCUAUACUUGAAAAUAUGGGUUCAUAUUCUGAAAUAAGCAUUUUACUGUAUUCUGAGCUAUACUAUCGUCAUGUAUUUGCAAAGUUCCCUAAUCAAGUUAAAUGGCAGGAUAGAGUGGCAUCUUGGAAAAAUUAUGUAAAAUUGUUUGGAUUUUUAUUACUUAAAGAAUUUUCCAAAUCCAAUAGUCAACCUAUCAAAAUUACGAACUCCUUAGCAGCAACAUUUGAACAGUAUGGAGUUAAACUUCAAGAUAAUUCAUUACCUAAUGAUAGAAUUUUACUUCCUAGUGAGUGGAUAUAUGGAAUAAUGGAUGAAUUUGUAUAUCAGUUGCAGGAUACAUGUCGCUAUACAGUGAGAGCAACUCAUGCUUCAAAUGAGUACUCUCAAGAUGAUAGGGUAAAUAAAAUAGAUCAAAAUAUAUGGAGAUGCGACAUAACUUUACAGCUAUUCCAAACAAUAAUAGAUGAGAGUAAAAUUCGAAGUAUACUUAGUGGUAGUGAGGAAACUCAAGUAGAGACAGCUUUACUAUCUCAAACACAAGACACAAUUCCGUUACGUUAUCAGCUUGGGUAUUUCUCGAUGUUGUGCCUUGUACGCAUUCAUGUGUUAUUAGGUGACUAUUAUACUGCUAUUGAAGUGGCAGAUUUCAUUGAUUCUCAAUUGUUGAGAACCUUAUUAUGGAAGGUUCCAACAGCAUAUGUUUCAUACUUGUACUAUCUGGGAUUUGCUUAUAUGAUGUUGCAAAGAUAUAUAGACGCUAUUAGGAUUUUCCAGCAGAGUACAGUGAGUUUUGCAUCUUCAACAGUUGGUUCAUCCUCUCUACCAGGUAACCAAGGACCUUCAUCAUAUCAGCAUGAUGCAAUUGGAAAGUGUGUAGAUAGGAUGUCUUGGUUAAUGUUAUUUUGCCAAUUACUAUCUUAUGGAAGCAAUUCUUCCAAUAUAAAUAGGUUAGAAGAGACUCUGUCACAUCAAGGUGAUAGAAAAUUAGCGUCAACUUUUGUAUCUAUUAGUUCUGAUAUAAGUAAUUGGAAGGAAUUGCUGUUAAAAGUAUCACCAAGAUUCAUAUCAUCUUGUAUUCCCCAAUUUUUACAUGAAGAGGAUUCCAAUAAAAUUGACUUUAAUGAAUCUCAAAAUAGGCAAAUGACUGUAUUUACACCCUCUGUCCAAAUAUACGAGUUAAGUUGUAUGAUUCGUUCUUUUACUAAGUUAUACAAUAACCUAAAUGUUGAGACAUUAGCCAGCUUGAUGCAUGUAGCAAAAAAAGGUGUAAAUCAAAAGUCUCGUUCUGUGAUUAAAGAGUGUGAUGAGAAGCUAGAUAGUAAAACUAACACUACAAAUGUAGUGGAAGGAAAUGCAAUAAAUGAUGAUUUAAAGCCUCAUAAUCCUGCAGAUAUUGCAAGGUCUCAAAUUAUGUCUAUUAAGAAUAGAUCUGGUAGACAAAUAAUCUGGAAGCCUGGUACUAGUUUGCUUGGAGGUGAAAUAGUUUCUAUAUCUGGAGAUUUUGAUUUAUUAUUAGAUGUAGAUACAAUUCAUAUUAUGGAGGGAAAGCAAGUAGAUAAGUUUUUUGGAGAUGUCUUUGCAAAACAGAUUAUAAAGGCACAAAACCUUCUUCGUCAUAUUAGCUCUUUAAGCACAGUUAAGAAUUCGGCUGAUUUUUGUAAAAAGGACAAGUAA